AUGUCUAGUCAAGACUCAAGCCAUGGUGGUUCGAAGGAGCUAGAGGACGCAACAAGCGAUGUUCUUCCUAAGACAACAUCGCCAACUUCACCAAGAUCCCCACGCUCUCCGCAAGGCAACCCUUCACGCUCAGCAACUGCAUCUCCAUCUGCCGAAGCCGCCGUCACUCCUCAGGAAUCAGGUAAUUCAGCUAUCGAAGUUGGAGAUGGCUUGGAGCCAACAGAGGAAGACUUCGAGGUUGAAAGCGAUGCCGAUACUGGCUACGGUGAUGAUGGUAGUAGUGUUGAUGCCUCUCUAUCAUCUAGCGUGAAAGAUGGAGUGAUAGAGAAUGGAUUAAGAUAUCAUGGGUUUCGGAAAGAUCGAACGUACUAUCCAUUUCCAAAUGAUGAGAACGAGCAGAAUCGAGACGACAUGAAGCAUGCUAUGACGGGGAUGAUGAUGGGCGGGAAACUUCACUUUGCCCCGAUUGGAGAUAAUCCUCAAUCAAUUCUUGAUUUAGGCACCGGAAGUGGGAUCUGGGCGAUUGACAUGGGCGACAAAUAUCCCAGUGCAGCGGUACAGGGGGUGGAUCUCAGUCCCAUUCAACCUCCCUUUGUUCCACCAAAUGUGAAGUUUGUGAUUGAUGAUAUUGAAGAUGAUUGGCUGUAUCCAGCAGACCACUUCGACUAUAUUCAUUGUCGUCACGUUACCCAGACAAUCAAAAACAGACCUCGCCUCAUGGAGCAAGCGUUCAGACAUACCAAGCCUGGUGGAUACUUGGAGUUCCAAGAAAUUGUUUUCUACACAUUUUGUGAUGAUGACAGCAUGACAGAUCCAUAUCCCAUGCGAGAUUUCAUGGAUAAUCUCAAUAUCGGUAUUGCGAAGCUUGGUGGUGAUAAUCUCAAUGCUUUGAAACUGGCAGAUGAGAUGCGCGCUGCUGGCUUCGUUGAAGUUCAAGACGUAGCACUCAAACUCCCCCUUGGCGUCUGGCCCAAGAACAAAGAAUACAAGCUUGCUGGAUUGUAUUGGAGAGAGAACAUAUCAGAGGGAAUAAGGAAUAUUGCAUCCAGGGCAUUUGUAUCGGGGCUAGGGUGGUCGGUGGAAGCUCUUGAGGUCUUCUUGGUCGAUGUCAGGAAGUCACUUUAUGAUUCGUCGAAACAUGUGUACUUUCCACUACGGAUUAUUACCGGGAGGAAGCCUCUCGAGUCAGAAUAAUGGUCUUAGGGAGUUCCACAGCUGGUAAUAAAAAAUUACUGGUUACAAGGGAACCUUGCCUCCGUCCUUGGUUUCUGCUCGAUUCGGUACAGUUUGCUGUUUCUCUCUCGUACAUUGGUUCUGACCUAGGCACAUUGCUGACAGUUCGGGUCCCCCAGCGACACCUUAGGUAGAUACCGCGAAAGCGUUGUAAUAUCUAGUGGUAUUGAGAGUCUCUAUGGUAUUUCAUGUCAUGCUAAUACUUUGCGCCAGCAUGCGGAAAAUAAUUGGAAAGAACUAAGCAGAACACCUUUAAUGGAGGUUUGCAGGAUCCCUAAGACUCUCCUGGCCCUAUAUUCUGCCCCCUCCCGAGCAAGAACAGAUCAUCCUUGGACAUUUCUAUUCCUUCCAUGAUGAACCUGCCGAUGUACCUCCACCGGCGGGAGCUCCAAUUCCAAUGCAUCAAACGACGCGAGAUCUGGUCUCCAACCCCUCAAAAAGUCAGCGAUGUUAUCGGCGCGUCCUUCACCCGCAGAAUCAGCCCAGCAUUUCAAGAACGCCCAGCACCCUUUAAACUCAUUCCAUAAUUUCUUGUUAGUGCGUAACUCCAUCACGCGGUUGUAAGUUGGAGUCUCGAUCCAGACUAUCAUUAGACCGGUUCGUGCGCGCUGGUACAUGAUGCGCGCGGUGGAGAGGAAGUGGUCUUUGAGGACGCGGAAGUACUCUUGUUGUGGUCCGCAAAAGACGAGAAAGCCGUUGGUGGCGGUGCAGACUAUGGAGUAGCGGGGGAGCCCUUGGUGGGCGGGUUAGCUUUGACCUGGAUGAGAAUGGGAUGUAGGUGCUCGAGGACGAUUCACGUACCAGUCCCAUCAUCCCAGCCGUGAUAUGGUACAUGGUCUGCUCCUUUGUGAUGCAAGAUGGCAGCACGACACUCUGCUCGAAGCGAUUCAUCUGAAGCUGAUUGUACGACAAGGUAGUGGUCGGUUGGAGAUAGUAGAUGAAGUAGCUGGUCACUACCGGUUUCAAGCUUGGUAUCCAUUGACAUGGGAUAGUAUUGAGCUGGAGGCGAUGAAGAGGUCUGCGUGGAGGGAUAGUUGGGAGUCUUUUUGGGACUGGUUUUGACAUCAAGAGAAAGCACUGGGGAGUUGCUCUCGGAUUCGAUCUUCUUUGGUUCAUCGCCUGGGAACGGUCUCUUUGGCCCUAAAAGCGCUGAUGUCAGCUCAUAUCCUCAGCUCAUAACGUCAGACGAGGAUCCUACAAAAUUGAUUCCAAGUUCGAAUUUCAAGCAUAUACUGUUGAAUGGCAGGAUCUUCGUCUUGAUAAAGGCUUGUUCGAAGGACUCGAUCUCUGUUCUCGAUCACAGCAGACCAAAGCUGACAUUGUUCUUUUGUGAGGCCAUCUAGAUCUGGCUUGGAAUUGCUGACCAAACCAGUCAAGGUGAACAUGAAUUGGAGUUGGCUGGAAUAGAUGUAUUUGUAGGCUGAAGGAGACAUUGCGAAGAUGGUAUGUAGCGAAAUGGUGUGGACGGGUUGUUGUCUUUGGGAUUUGUGAGAUGCGGUGGAAGCAGUAAAAAUGAGGCGAAAUUGAGCUUUUCCAGGUCGAAUGUGGGCUGGAGACACUUUCAACUAAUUUCCUCCAUAAAAGUUAACGAGAUUCCUAUGGUUCUCUUGGGAAAGGCAGGACAAUACAAAGGUCUUUUAGUGAAAACGAUCAAGAGAGGUUUUAAAGACUCUAAGAUUGUCAGAAUUAGGUUCAAUGAGAUCAAGGGAUAUGUCUCAUUGAGCUACUUGGUUGUUCAAAGCUAGACCGCGAUGCUCUUUAUCUCCCACGCGGAGCCCGUCUAAAAUAUAUGGAAACUACCUUAAGAUGCAAAGCCAAGAAGACUACUAAAUUCACUGACAUGACAGCGUACUAAUUGAAAAUUCUGGUAUCCAAGCGGUCCCUGGGUUUUUCGCUCUUAGAAUACCUUCUGCCAUGAGUUAUUUGGGCAACUCUUCCAGGUGAGAUAGCUCAUUGUGCUCUUCCGAUAGAUAAAUCAUAAUUUAAACAAUGCCAUCUAAGUUUGGGCAUCCCAUUAAAUAAAU